AUGGAGUCCAUCUGUCGCAGCGUGUUCACGUAUGGCUUAGAGAACGGCGGUCCCGCCGGGCUCCUCUACGGAUUCAUCUUCUGCUUUAUCGGAUAUCUUGCGGUCGUUUUGUCUCUCGCAGAGCUGGUUUCCAUGAUGCCAAAUGCAGCAGGGCAGUACUAUUGGGUGGGAGCUCUUACACCACCACGAUACGGGAAAUUUCUAAGCUGGAUUAUAGGAGGCUACUUACCCGGCACUUCGGUUUUUGUCGGGCUUAUGACGAGUGUUUUUGCAUUCCUCGGUGCCGACGGUGUAAUCCACAUGUGCAAAGAGGUCGAAGAUCUAGAAGUCGAAGUACCGAGGAGCUUAGUAGCAUUCGCUCGCGACGAUGGGCUCCCUAGUUCUUUAUAUCUUAAGGAGAUGAUAGAACCAAGCUUCUAA